UAGUUUGACAUUGAGUGAGCGAAAACAAUGGCCGUGCAUCAGAUGAAAACCCAAUCGAUUUGAGUGUUUUUUUCCGUGUUUUUUUGUCGCGUGUGAAAUGUGAUUUAAGGUAAAAAAUUGAACGAAAUGUGGAGCCCUACGAACACUAAAAAAUACGGGGUCGCUAUUUACAACUGGAAGGGCGACUCCAGGUUUGCCCUCUCCCUAGAAAUAGGGGACACCGUACAAAUAUUAGAGGAGUGCCAAGGGUGGUACAGAGGCUUCGCCAGCAAAAAUAGGGCCCAUAAAGGGAUUUUUCCACAGACCUACAUUCAUUUAAAGCCAUGCAAAGUGGAAAACGAGGGCCUAUUCGAAAGUGUUGUGCCCCUAGAGGAUCCGGUGGUAAGAGAGGUUACCCUGGUCCUAAGAGAAUGGGGUCGCAUAUGGAAGGGAGUGUUUGUGGAAAGGAACCAAUACACCUUCGAAACAGUAGGAAAAGUGAUGAGGGAUUUACUGGAGUGGCGGAGACAGCUUGUGUCUGGCACUUUAACCACCGAUCAAACCAGGGAACUUAAGGCGAAAAUUAUACAGAAAAUCGAUUGGGGAAAUCGGAAACUCGGGCUGGAUUUGGUACCCAGGCAGGGGUCUACCAUGGUAGAGCCCGACUCUAUGUCAGUAGUUGAGCUCUAUCACGUCCACGUAGCGAGCGCUGAAAACACUUAUAGUGUCUCAGCCAGAGGUACCAUAAGAAAGAAAGAGAUCAAAAAAACUCUCACCCACCAUUUGUACUUUUGUAUGCGGGAUUUUGGACACCACCUGGGCGAAGAUACGGAGGUCUACUUUUCGUUGUACGACGCCGGGAAGCAGAAGUAUUUGAGCGAAAGGUUUCUAGUCAAAAUUUCCAAAGAGGGUUUCACCAAUCAUAUCGAGAAGUUGCAUAGUAAUUGUACUGUGUUUACGGAUCUGGGCAACGCCGAUUUAAAUAAAGACAUCUACGUGAUCGCUCACGUGAUGCGAAUCGGCAAAAUGCUGUACUCCGACAGCUCGAAAAAGACUGAAAAAUCCGUUGGACAACCUCAACUGUUCAAACGACCCCACGGGAUCGGGGUACAAAACAUCGGAGAGUUUUUAACCAGCAAGUGUGAGGACAACGAGGAGAAAGAGAUCAGCAUGAAAGUGUACCAAGGGGAGGACAAAGAUUUCCAUCAGCUGCACGAGUUCAUAAUAAGACAGUCGGGAAAAUAUUCGGCCCUUUCCGGCCCUAUAAACUACGGGAUUAUGAUCUCGUUGAAAAUGUUGCAUGGGGAGUUGCGCGCUAUUAGGGAGGACAACCCUUUGCUGUUUAAGAACGUUAGUUUGACCAGCAAGCUGGGAUUCCCGGACGUAAUAAUGCCCGGGGACGUCAGGAACGACCUGUACCUGCAACUGGACCGCGGGGAAUUCGAAAGGGGCGGCAAAUCAACCGGGAAAAAUAUCGAAGUAACCGUGGUGGUGCUCGACGGAGAGAAGCGAACCGUUAAGAACUGUUUAUGGGGCGCCUCCGGUAUAGAGGGUUCCUCGGAGUACAACUCGAUGAUCAUUUACCAUCAUAAUUCACCCGCUUGGGCCGAAAAUAUCCGACUUACCCUCCCGAUCGAUAAGUUUGCGGGGGCGCAUGUCCGUUUGGAGUAUCGACAUUGUUCCACACGCGAGAAGAGCGACAAGAAACUGUUCGGGUUCUCGUUUAUGCGUUUGAUGAACAAAGACGGGGCUGUAGUGCAGGACGGGCAACACGAGUUGUACAUCUACAAGUGCGAGGAUCCCGUGAAACUGGAUAAUUGCGGGUAUUUGUGUUUGCCCGCGUUCGCCAAAGAUUACGAAGGAAACCACGAAGCCAGCGGCCAAUUUUCCAGAAGCCACAAGGAGUUUUGCGCGGUAAAAACGCUCCUCUGUUCGACAAAAUUAACUCAAAACGUGGAUUUACUCGCUUUACUGCGUUGGAAAUCCCAUCCCGAACGCAUACAGGAAACCCUCCAGCGAGUACUGAACCUGGGUGACGAGGAGUUGAUCAAGUUCCUCCAGGACGUGUUGGACGCCCUGUUCGCCUUAUUCUCGACGGAAGACGGGAAUUCUACUCCGCACAGCGGUCUGGUCUUUCACGUGCUGGUAUCGAUAUUUAAUUUACUGGACGGGAGUAAAUAUCAACAUUUUAAGCCGGUGCUGCACGCUUAUAUUAAGAAUCACUUCGCCGCGGCCCUGGUGUACAAGGGACUUCUCACGAGCGUGCAACACUGCUCGGACAACGUCGUGUCCUUCGAAAAACAGGAACCGAUCCAAAAAUGCUUCAAAAGUCUGGAGUACAUCUUCAAGUUGAUCAUCCAGAGUCGCCUGUUGUUUUCCAGGGCGACGGGGGGCCAUUUCGAGGACAGUUUCAGGCGGGACCUGUACAGCGUCUUUUCCAGUUUGAAUCACAUGCUCAAGAUCAACCAUCCGCAUAUUAUUAAUACGCAGGUGGCGCUUUUGUUGGCGAUCAGCGCCGUUUACGAGCAACUGAACGAAGUUCUGCCCACUAUCGAGUGCACCAAGUUGGCCGCGACCAUGUUGGACUCCAUCCCGAAGGAUCUGCCCAAUUUAUUGAUCCAGGCCAAGUUGGCGUGCGUCCGUAAUUUGGUUACUAGCAAACUGUUCCAGGACGACGAGUCCCGAGGGAUUUUGUUGUCUAACGCGUGUAGACACUUGAGGUACCACUUGUACCGGAAAGAGGAGCUGAAGUUGUGCACCGAAAUAAUGGGGGAGAUCCUGGGAUUUCUGUUUAAACAGAAGAAAAUCAACGAGGAACAGGGAAAGGUCAACAAUUGUAUCCAUCAUGACGUGGACGUGUUGAAUCUGUCCAUUUUGGAGGUGCUUAUCCAGACCGUUUUGAGUAUUAUCGAUAAGGACUUGAAGAUAUUGGGUUGUUUGGUGGCCUGUCUGAUCGGAAUCCUGCAACUGUUGGACGAGUUCCACUACAAACGGCUGUGGGAAGCCCUGAUGGGGCCCGCCUACGAUAGAAAACCCCUCAAAGACUUUUUAUUACGGGUGUUUCUCGUCUUUAGAAAUCUCAUUAUAAUGGAGGUGUUCCCGCCCGAUUGGUUGGUUAUAAAAAUGCUGACCAAUAACGUGAUUUUGAACGCCCUGGAAGAGUUUGCUCAGCCUUUGGCUUUUACGUUUCUGGACAGUAGAGCCGGAUAUUUCGAUAAAGAGCUAUGGACCAACUAUUUUAAUUUAUCGGUGGACUACUUGACCCAAUCCUCGCUACAACUGGAGCAAUUCUCCGACGUAAAAAGGGAAAAAAUAAUCGAAAAGUACGGGGACAUGAGGGUGCUUAUGGGCUUCCAGAUACUCUCAAUGUGGUCCCAAUUAGGUGAGUGUAAGCUGCACUUUAUCCCGUCGAUGGUGGGCCCUUUUCUCGAGGUGACCCUCGUCCCGGAAAUCGAGCUGAGAAAAGCGACUCUGCACAUUUUCUUCGACAUGAUGGAGUGCGAGCAACGGGCGAGAGGGAACUUUAGGCAAGUCGAGUGCGAGCUGAUCGAUAAACUGGACAUUUUGAUUAGCGAGAAUAAGGGAGAUGACGAGUACAGGAGGUUAUUUAAUACCAUAUUAUUAGACCGAGUUCAAUCGGAAGACCCCGCCUGGAAGGAGAGCGGAGCCGCAUUCAUAAGCUCAAUCACAAGACUGCUGGAAAGACUAUUAGAUUAUAGAAAUGUGAUACAGGGUGACGAGAACAGAGAUAAAAGGAUGAGCUGCACGUUUAAUUUACUUAACUUUUACAAAAACGAAUUUAACCGCAAAGAGAUGUACUUGCGGUACAUCUAUAAGUUGCACGACCUCCAUCUGUCGGCGGAAAACUACACGGAGGCGGCGUUUACCAUGAAACUUUACGCGGAUCAACUUAGCUGGAACAAUAAUCAGAUAGUGGCCGACCCGAAUUAUCCCAAUCAUACCGAGUGUCAAGUGAAGGAGUUACUUUAUAAGAAAAUUAUUAAUUAUUUCGAUAAGGGCAAGUGCUGGGAAAAAGGAAUUCCGCUCUUAAAAGAGCUGGCGAACCUCUACGAGAACCUUUUCUUCGACUAUAAGCAGCUCAGCGAUAUUCUGGUGUUCCAAGCGAAAUUCUACGAUAACAUUCUCACGCAAUUGAGGCCCGAGCCCGAGUAUUUCAGGGUGGGGUUUUACGGGUUGAGUUUUCCGCUGUUUGUCCGGAAUAAGCAAUUCGUUUAUAGAGGUUUGGAAUACGAGCGGAUAGGCGCGUUCACCCAAAGGCUGCAAACCGAGUUUCCUUCCGCUCAAAUUUUAAUGAAAAACACACCGCCCGACGACAGUAUUAUCAAUUCCGACGGACAAUACAUUCAAAUAUGUAACGUAAAACCGAUCCCGGAGACGACCCCCAUCACAAUGGCCACCGACAUUCCAGAGAAAAUCUCCAGGUUUUACCACUACAACGACGUAAAAAAGUUCCAGUGCGAUCGACCGGUCCACAAGGGCAUCAUCGAUAAGGAGAACGAAAUCAAGACUUUAUGGAUAGAACGGACCGUUUUAGAAAUAGCCUCGCCUCUACCGGGUAUUUUACGUUGGUUCGAAGUGACCGAUCGACAAACCGAAGAGAUUCCGCCGGUACAAUUUGCCUGCGAGACCAUGCAAAACGUCGAGAACGAGUUGAGGCAACUUAUAAGCAUUUACACCCAGGAACCGAAGAGGAAUUUGAAUCCGUUUACUAUGCGGCUGCAAGGGAUUAUUGAUGCCAAUGUACAGGGAGGACUCAGUAAAUAUCAGCAGGCCUUUUUCACCAAAGAAUUCUCAAAAUUGUAUCCGGAGCACAAGUGCUACGCGAAUACUCUGCAGGAGCUCAUAUUAAACGCCACAAGGGUAAUCGAAGAAGGCUUGUACCUGCACGGCAAACUGGCCUCCUCUAGCGUGCAGCCGUUACACCAAAGACUCAUCGAAAGAUUCUGGCAACUAAGAGAAAGCCUGGGAUCCCUAAAUCAGCAUACGCCCAGCAGCAUUAUGCAUGCACCGCUGCCUCCGGUUCCAUUGGAAAAACGCGCCCAAGACAACGGGAGCAGCAAUCGGUCCUCAAACUCGAGCGGGAACUACGGGCAUCUGCUGGAACACCACACCAGCACCGAAUAUGAGACCGUUUACAUUAAACAAUCGGAGAAUGGAUGUGAUAGGCCGGUACUAAGUAGGGAUAAUUUAUCGUUACCGAUGGGGGCAGGCGGUGGCACCACGGCGCCCCCCAUACCCCAAAGGGAAUGCCGACCGAGAUCUCAGGGUUUUAAUAAUACCAGUUUUUCGGACUUGAGGACCCCGACGCGGUGCCAUUUGGAGUACAGCUGUUCCAGUUUGCCCUCAAUGAAGUCAAGGGACUGUGAUUCUUGUGAGAUUCCCUUACCGCCAAAACCCACUCACUCAAGAGAGCGAUCUUUAACGAAACCGCCGUCUCCGAGACUUUUGAGACACGCCAUGUCCAUGACGCCCACGACCGAUUGCACCUCACCACUGAGAAAUUCCUGGCCCGAUUCCGGUAUCGAGGAGGCUCCUCCUUUACCUCCCAGAUCACACACACCGGACAAAAGGGUGCAGUCUUUACCCAACGAAAUGCCUCCGAACGUACCGAAACGGGGACAAAAAAAAUCGGCCACAGCAGUAUGCAACAGCGGCGAUUAUUUGCCAUUGGACGAUGCCAGAACCGGAACGAUUCCCUCGGUAUCAGAGAGUGAUUUGGUGACGUCCGGUUGCGUGCCAGUGGACAACAAAGACCUGAGGGACUCCGGGAUUAGCAUGAACGAAACCGGUUCGAGUUUGAAUAACUUUAACAAUCAUAAUCCGUACGAGGAGUUCGAGUUGAGGCACAACGUCGCCGAGUUAAAUAUUAGCGAAGACCAGAGGAGCUCCACGAAUUCGAAUACGGUGGGAGACAAUCCGCCCCCGAUUCCGCCGAAAACUGGGGGCAGUUUGAGUUCGAGUCUGGAUUUGGGAGGUAGCCUGGAACGACCUCCUAGGUCCAAAGAACCGCCUACUACCGAUCUCCUACUAACUCCACCCGAAAAUUACUCUCAGCCGAAAACACCUCGCCUGGACAGCGAGGGCGACGACAAAUAGGUAUAAGAACGGCUAAAAAGUACAAUUUUAGGGUCAUUUUGAUCAUGGGCAACUGACCAGAGCAGCCAUAGUUUCUUCGUAGCCAUAUAGAGACUCCAAAACUGUGUAAUUCCGGUGAUAUAUUAAUUAUUUUUUUUUAUAUAUUUAUAUAUACAGAGAAAGAGCAGGUUUAUUCCAGUAUGUAACAAUCAAAGAACUUUUAUUUUUAUAGUCAUAUUUAAGUUGUUUUAAACAGUAUUUUAAUUUGGGCAUCUUAAUUAGCGGCUGAUCAUUUAACCCCAUAGCAGUUUCAAUUAGUUAAUUAAUUUAACGUGAUGAUUUAGUACUACAGUUUUAGUAUACAAGGUGAUUCUAACAAAAGGCCUCUAAUGCAAGUAAUUUCUGGACGUAUCUCCUUUUCCCAGAGCGUAUUUUUAAGGUGCCCACGUUUUAAUAAGACAUCGAACUUUUGUAAAUAGUAUGGUGCUAUUUUUUUACCUUCUGCAGCAUAUUUACCACCCAUAUUAUUGUAACCCAAAUAUACUAUGAUAUUAUUAGGUAACCCGCAGAGAAUAAUAUAGUUUUUUAGGAACCUUCCCCAGGAAUAUAUGUGUAUGUACUAGUCAUGUAUUAUCGUGGAACAUAACGUUGAAAUUUACCAAAUUAGUGAGGUAUGAUGUUUGUUUAACCGUAUAGUAGACUGCAAGGAAUUUUCUACUUUAUUAGGUAGUACCUAUAGUAGGUUUUUUUUUACAAAGGCAUGUUGCCGCCUAUUCGUUAUAUAGUAUCAAUGAUACUUUCCAUUUACCAUAAAGACAUUAUUAUAUCAUGUAACUAAGAAAUAAAUAUAUAUAAGAAUCA